GCGUUUUAGGCAAUUUGUUCUUUCCCUCAGUCUCCGGAAAACGUGUGGGAGGAUUUAAGUUGCAUUAUCUCUUACGGACUUAUCGAAUUUUUUUGUCUAAUUUUCAUGUUUUGGUCCAUCGUGGUAAUAAAGCUGUUUCAGUUAUUGAGCAGGAUACACCUGUGGUCCUGAAAAUACCACCUGUUACGUCAUCAGGCUAGUAGAUAUCAGUAGAUAUCAGCAGGUUGAUAUCACUGCAAGCUUGUUUUUGUUCAUUUAGCGUAACUUUGCCAGCAGUCAUGGACAGAACUCUCGUCGUUGCGUUAUUUUUUUGUGUUUUGGCUGUUUGCCUUGCAACAAAUGAUCAAAACUCGGACAAAAAUUCUGGUGAGCCAGGCGCUAAACUGACGAUGAAAAAGAGAGGUAAAGAGGACGAAGAUGAUGCGAAAGUUGAGGUGGUUCAAGAUGAGAAAGAUGAGUCAGCAAAGGAGAGGAAAGCUUCGAAUGGAUUGGCAACGGAGAAGAAGGAUAGUGCCGGUGAGAAAGUCCAUGGAGGGACGAAGAGUGAAGGACACGAUGAGACGAAGGACGAUGACGAAGACCACGAUGAUGAAGAACAUGAUGACGAAGACGACGAAGGAGAAGAUGAGGAGCAUGAAGAAGAGGAAGAGGAAGAGGUGGAUCCAAACGCCAAAAUCGAAAUUCAUGAUCUCUUCACUCCAGAGGACUGCAAAAACAAAUCCAAAUCUGGCGAUCUUGUGGUGAUUCACUACUCCGGCUGGCUGGAUGAUGGCAAGUUGUUUGACACAACAGUCGAGCCAAGCAAGGCGUACAUGCCAUUUGAGUUCAUGCUAGGAACAGGAACGGUAAUCAAGGGCUUCGAACAAGGAGUGUUAAACAUGUGCAAAGGACAGAAGCGUAAAAUUGUCAUUCCACCCUCGCUUGGUUAUGGAAAGAAGGGAGCAGGAGCGAUUCCAGGUGAGACAGAAUUUGUUUACCCUCAUGCUCCCGAAAAAUGUCUCUUUGCAUGAUUUGUUUUGACUUUUGAACAUUUUUUUGUUUAUGUAAGCUAAUUUUCUUGAGACAAUCCUGUAAUGAGCUUUGCUUAGAUAAUUCACUCUUAUCAUUUUCAGCUGGCUGAGGUGCUUUUCACUUUUCAUGUGAUCAUCGAAACACUCUACUACGUUUUAAAUCCAAAAUAACAGCAAGCUACAUGAAUUCGUUGCUCAAAUCUGAUCCUAACAAUUUUUAUCAUAGUUUUCACUUUCCAAUAAAGAUCUUUUAUAGGAUACCUAAGAACAUUUGGUAAUGACUGGUUUAAAACUAUAAGUCAUUUGUCUAAUUGUCGACACAAAAAGAGGUUUUUGUUUUACUUUAAAACAAAUUAUUUAUGAAACGAGUUUAAAAACACGAAGCGUCUUUUCACUGGUCAAUUAUUACCUGUUAAGUAAAUGAUUAAUGGGACGUGUAGACAAAACAGUUAAUGCUUUGAACCGUAAAAGGAGAGUUUUUUUUACUAUUUUCUUUUACUGGCCCUGGCUGAUAUCGAGAGACUGCUACUGAGGAUCUAAACUUAUUGACGUCCACAGCAGAACGGACACAAAAUGAAUUUCACAGAAGAACAAAUAAGCGAAAGAAGAUUUGCGAGCUUGUCACAUCUUAUGCAGAAGAGAUCGAACAAUUUCGUUUCCAGGCUAAAUUUUUUCCAACCUCAGCUUCGUCUUUGUAAAGAGUCGUAGGGACAUGGUCUUGAGUCAAAAUCAUAUUUGAUAUGGCCUCGUUUUGAUACAGAGGCUUUACGCAACUUGAAAAAAGGAUAAACGAUAUCAAGUGUCUCGUUUCCAGAUUGUUCUCUUUUCAAAAGGAUUACAAGACCUGAGAAAGAGAUAAGUCGGCCCACGUGUGGAUGACAUCAUUAGCUAAUGGUUCUAUUUGCCGGUUUUUUUUGGCCAUAGCUUUGUUGAAAAUGUUCAAUGACAAUUUUCUUUCUUCAGGAAACACCACGCUCACAUACGAGCUAGAAAUGUUUGAUAUCCGACAACCUCCUCCCCAAGCAGACAUGUUCUCACACAUUGACACCAACGGUGACAAGAAGCUGUCCAAGAAAGAGGUGUCCGCGUACAUGAAGGCACAAGCUGCUGCACAUGGCAUGCCGGUACAUGACAAGAAAUGGAAGAAACACCACAAGACUGUUGUAGCCAACAUUUUCGAUCACGAGGACUCUGACGAAGACGGCUCCAUCUCUCAUGACGAGUUCAGUGGGCCUAAAAUGAUGUACCACGAUGAGUUUUAGAGGGGUUCUCUCGAGUUCGCGAUUUAGCGUGACACCCUGCGUGACAGUCCACGUGACACAAAAUCACGCAAUUGAUUUUAUUCGAAAAAGAUAGGAAAUCAUUUCAAUUCAAUUUUUACGACCUAUUGUGGUCGCCAAAAAUUUAAUCAAAAUAUCGUGUUUCUUUACUUUUUUGAAAUUUUGCUGUUAUGGCAACUAAAUAACUCAAUUUUUAGACGAGAUCUUUUGAAAAGCUCGUUAUACUAC